AUGGAGAUGCUUGUUGUGGUUUGGGUGCUGUGUGCGGUACUGGUCGCGGGGACGGCUCAGAAGCCGUCGAUCGCGGUGGAUGAGGCAGGCACGUUGUACAUCAAUUCAACGAACAAAGUGGUGGUCAAUGGUAUCAAUGUGGAGGCAGCCUUUGCCUUCCUUUUUGACGCCACGCCAGCCUUGUGGUGGAGCGCACCAGAGCAGCUCGUCAUCUCUACUGCCGCCGACGGCCCGCUCUCGGCAUAUGCGGCAGAUUUGGAUGGCGACGGUGAUCUCGAUGUCCUCAGCGCCAGUGUUCAUGACAGCAUGAUUGCUUGGUACCGGAACAACGGCGACGGCACGUUUUCCGACCAGAUCGUCAUCUCCACCGCCGUCGGAGGCGCCACCUCGGUGUAUGCGGCAGAUCUGGACGGGGACGGUGACCUUGACGUCCUCAGUGCAAGUGCUGGUGAUGACAAGAUCGCGUGGUACCGGAACAACGGCGACGGCACCUUUGCUGCCCAGAUUGUCCUCACCACCGAUGCCGAUUAUGCCCACACAGUGUAUGCGGCAGAUCUGGACGGCGACGGUGACAUAGAUGUUCUCAGCGCCAGCGUCAAUGACGACAAGAUUGCGUGGUAUCGGAACGAGGGCGACGGCACCUUUUCCGCGCAGAUCGUCAUUUCCACUGCCGCUGGCGAUGGCGCCCGCUCGGUGUAUGCGGCGGAUCUGGACGGUGACGGUGAUCUUGACGUCCUCAGUGCCAGCAUCAACGGCGACAAGAUUGCGUGGUACCGGAACAACGGCGACGGUACCUUCUCCGCCCAGAUUAUCAUCUCCACCGCUGCUGAUUAUGCCAUCUCAGUGUAUGCGGCAGAUCUGGAUGGCGACGGUGAUCUCGAUGUCCUUAGCGCCAGCCGCAACGACGACAAAAUUGCGUGGUACCGAAAUAAUGGCGACGGCACCUUUUCCGACCAGCUCAUCAUCUCCACUGCCGGGCUUGCUGCCACCACGGUGUAUGCGGCAGAUCUGGAUGGUGACGGUGACCUCGAUGUGCUCAGCGGCAGCUGGAACGACAAAAAAAUUGCAUGGUACCGGAACAACGGCGACGGCACCUUUUCCGCCCAGCUUGUCAUCUCCACCAAUGCCAAUUAUCCCUUCUCGGUGUAUGCGGCGGAUCUGGACGGUGACGGCAAUCUCGAUGUCCUCAGCGCCAGCCGCGACGACAACAAAAUUGCGUGGUACCGCAACAACGGUCAGUGGGACUGGAAAACUCACUUCAAUUAG